GAUUAAGAAGAUAAUUGCAAUAAUGGAACAAAAUUAGCUGAGAAUGCAAUCCGUUUGCAUGGAUCCGACCCGGAAUGCAAUCCGUUUUUAAUUAUGUAAAUGACAAUUAUACCCCUGGCACUCGACAUGUUUGACAGUUUGAGCAAAGAGAAUUUUUUUCUUGUUGAGGAUCAUCGAUUAUCAGUUUCUGGAUUUCGCUACUACAGAUUUGUCCCGUCUUGAGUUACGAAAUCAUGAUACAUUUUGUGCUUCUAGUUAGCCGGCAAGGAAAGGUAAGGCUCACCAAAUGGUAUUCUCCUUAUGCACAGAAGGAAAGAUCUAAGGUUAUACGUGAACUCAGUGGAGUGAUUCUGAAUCGAGGUCCAAAGCUCUGCAAUUUUGUUGAAUGGAGAGGAUACAAAGUUGUUUACAAAAGAUAUGCAAGUCUCUACUUCUGCAUGUGCAUUGAUCAGGAGGAUAACGAGUUAGAGGUCCUUGAGAUCAUUCAUCACUAUGUUGAGAUUCUCGAUCGCUAUUUUGGAAGUGUGUGUGAACUCGAUUUGAUUUUUAACUUCCACAAGGCAUAUUACAUAUUGGAUGAGCUCUUGAUUGCUGGGGAGCUUCAAGAGUCAAGCAAGAAAACAGUAGCCAGGAUUAUAUCCGCUCAGGAUCAACUGGUGGAGGUUGCAAAAGAGGAGGCCAGUUCGAUAAGUAAUAUAAUCGCUCAGGCUACUAAUCGAUAAGUAGUCUUAUUCAUCAUCUAUGCAUUCUUAUGCAGUUAAAGUAUGUUCCCUGUCUCUGGCUACAGUAAUUGUUUUGAGAAAUCUUUAUCCAUUUGAUUUUUCUUGCGGAGGGAUUUUCGUCUUAAAGCGUAACUUGGAGAGAAGAAAUAUGUUAUGAUUUGGUUCAUAAACAAGUAAAGAUUAUAUCGUUUGUAAUCUUUGAUUUC